GGGGGCUAAAAACCCGUCGUCGUCAUGGAGAGCGCUGCAAGCAGUGAUUCACACGCACGAGGCCCAGUAUAUUUUGCCAGAUCACACUCGCGCACGACGAGGCCCCAUGAUGCAAAGCAGCGUUGCCCCUGACGGCGUUGCCCCUGACGGGGGCAACGCUGCUGCGGUGGACGCGGGCGCCAAAGCGGCGCUGCUAGACAGCUUCGCGAACGCCGGCGGCAGCAUCUCGAUCGGAACGAGUUGGAUGGACUGGGGCCAGCCCUCCGAUCGCCUGCCGAUGGGAAAACGGUACGGUCGCGAGAUGCCGCGGGCGAAGGACUUAGCCGUCUUCGACGCGAACGGGGCCCACAUAGCGACCCUGCAGUUCAACUACUCGAAUCUCGACUAUUCCCUCGGUCACGUCGACUUGGUCAGCGCGAAGGAACCCAACCGCGUCACCCACCGCUUCACGCGCACGAGCAACGCGCGCCUGGGCUUCCUGAGCGGCCAGGAGGGCGCCCGCGGCGCCCCCUUUCACGUAGUGAUGGACGAUCCGAUGACGGCCUUGUGCGACGGUCACUUCUGCAUGGGGCGCGGCGCGGGCUUCUACGUGCGCGAGGACGGCCAGACGACCAUGCGGCUUCAGUCUCCCGCAAACCCCUUGCUGCCGAUCCUCGUGAUUGCGACGGCCUGUCUCAUAGCGGCCUGUAUCCCGUGCUGCCCGUGCUUCAAGAGGAGCGGGCCGACCUGGAACAUCUUGAAGGAUGGGAAGAAGGUCGGCGGCUGCUACAUGGCGACGAAUACGUCUGGGAUCCGCAUCGAGGCGACGGACCCGGACGUCAUGCGUGUUGCCCUAGUCAUGGCCAUUAGCAUGCUCUUCCGGCCGCUCGAUGGCGGAGGCUGAUCUUGUCGUCGCUGUGGAAAGUUGAUAUGGAAAAAGUCAGAAUCGGAAUGACUGCCUCGACUUUUUUUUAUCUGUCGCGAGGUUGAUGGCUCGACCUCGGCGCGACGUCGGUGGCGGCGCGCCGGGAUCUCGUGGCCGCCGCGGUCGCGUUGAGAUGCACGGACUCGGCAGCGUACGACCCCCCCCGACCUGAUCUUGUACACGUCGACGGCAUUCGCCCGCGGAUUAAAUUUGCUAGAAGAA